AUGGUCCAAGUGCAAGGCAUCUCCAGAGAGGAGCUGUGUAAGGCCAGAGCUGGGGCCGGAGCCGGCGGAGGAUCAACAGAGUGGGCGCUUCCGGAGUGGGUGAGCAGCGGCGGCGGGGAGGGGGCCGGAGUCCCUGUGCACAUUUCCAGGGCUGGGUCACCGCGGAGCUGGUCUGUCCCCUUCUGCUGCCUCCAACAGGGCUGCGGCGGCGGCGGCGGAGGCGGCGGCGGCUGCCCAGGCUCUGGGGCUCCCCUUCCAACCGCGCUGCCUCCUCUGGGCGUCUCCGGAGCGGAGCGGUGUAAGCUGAGGGCUCGGGAGGGAAUUGGCAGAGGAUCGGCGGCAGUGGCAUCUGUGCUCCAGGAGCAGGUGAGCACGGGCGGCGGGGAGGGGGCCGGAAUCCCUGCGGCUGUUUCCAGGGCUGGGUUAACCCGGACCCGCCUGCCCCUGAGAGGAGCUGGCCCGUCGCUGCAGCCAUCCAGCAGCCUCCACAACACCUUACCUGCCGCGACCCACAACCCGGCGGUGGCAGAGCUAGGGACAUUGACGUCCAAGGGCGGGACCAGCUCCAUCCUGCAGAAGCAGCUGCCCUGGCAGCUUCUGCCACCUCUCUGCUCCUUCUUCUUCACCCACAGGCUCCCAGACAUGACAGGCAUCAUCAAAGAGAUGGUUAGCAAAAACAAAAAGAGAUAUCAAGAGGAUGGAUUCGACUUAGACUUGACCUACAUUUAUCCAAACAUCAUUGCUAUGGGAUUUCCUGCAGAAAAACUUGAGGGCAUCUACAGGAACAAUAUUGUUGACGUAGUAAGGUUUUUGGAUUCCAAGCAUAAAAACCAGUACAAGAUAUACAACCUAUGUGCCGAAAGGCAUUAUGACCCUGCCAAAUUUAAUGGCAAAGUUGCACGCUAUCCCUUUGAGGACCAUAACCCACCGCAGCUAGAACUUAUCAAAGCUUUUUGUGAGGAUCUGGACCAGUGGCUGAGCGAAGAUGACAAUCAUGUUGCAGCAGUUCACUGUAAAGCUGGAAAGGGACGGACUGGAGUAAUGAUUUGUGCAUAUUUAUUGCAUCGGGGCAAAUUUUUAAGGGCACAAGAGGCCCUAGAUUUCUAUGGAGAAGUAAGGACCAGAGACAAAAAGGGAGUAACUAUUCCCAGUCAGAGGCGCUAUGUGUAUUAUUAUAGCUACCUGUUAAAGAAUCGUCUGGAGUAUAGGGAGGUGGCCCAUGCUGUGAGAAUCUCAUCAGGUAUCAGGAGGAGCCACGUCCUGUUGGCAAAGGGAGCAGGCCUGGAUCUGCAGGGAAUCAAGGAGAGGAACCUAGGGCAUGACUCUGAGGUUAUUGCUCCAUUUGCCUCAGGGUACCAACCUGGAGAGUUAGAACCUUGUUCUGAGCUUCUGCUUCAGGUGGCAAAAGUCAACCUGAGCUCAGUUGUCCGCUUCAAGCUCUGUGGGAGAAGGAAGGCCCACAGCAGAUCAGAGUAUUGCUUCUUUUCAAGCAUCACUUUGGAAGCUUUCUCUUCCUCCUACCCUGAAAUCCAGACUACUUCAAAGAGAGUCCUCCUACUGCAACACAAAGACGUCCCCAGAAUUCUCAAGGUGUCUUCUCUGUCCCAGUACCAUGACCUGGACUCAGAGGAACUUAUCCAGUGA